CGCCCCGGCUGGGCCAUGCCCGGGCUGCGCCGGGACCGCCUGCUGACCCUGCUGCUGCUGGGCGCGCUGCUCUCCGCCGACCUCUACUUCCACCUCUGGCCCCAAGUGCAGCGCCAGCUGCGGCGCCGGGAGCGCCCGCGGGGCUGCCCGUGCGCCAGCCGCGCCUCCUCCCUGGCCCCGGCCCCGGCCGCGGCCGCAGCCUCCUCGGCCCCCGGCACGGUCGCGCACAACUUUUCCCGAGCCGGGCCCCGGGCUGAGCCGGCCGGCGGUGGCCGCAGCGGCUCGGGCUCCAAGCUGCAGGCCCUCUUCGCCCACCCGCUGUACAAUGUCCUGGAGGAGCCGCCUCUCCUCGGACCCGAAGACUCGCUGCUGGCCAGCCAGGAGGCGCUGCGGUACUACCGGAGGAAGGUGGCCCGCUGGAACAGACGACAAAAGAUGUACAAAGAGCAGAUGAACCUCACCUCCCUGGACCCCCCACUACAGUUCCGUGUCGAGGCCAGCUGGGUCCAGUUCCACCUGGAGAUCAACCGCCAUGGGCUCUACUCCCGGUCCAGUCCCAUGGUCAGCAAACUUCUGCGUGACAUGAAGCGCUUUCCCACCAUCAGCGCUGAUUACAGCCAAGACGAGAAAGCCUUGCUUGGGGCGUGUGACUGCACCCAGAUUGUGAAACCCAGCGGGGUCCACCUCAAGCUGGUGCUGAGGUUCUCGGAUUUCGGGAAGGCCAUGUUCAAACCCAUGAGACAGCAGCGAGAUGAGGAGACGCCUGAGGACUUCUUCUAUUUCAUUGACUUCCAGAGGCACAACGCCGAGAUCGCGGCCUUCCAUCUGGACAGGAUUCUGGACUUCAGACGGGUGCCGCCCACAGUGGGGAGGCUAGUGAACGUCACCAAGGAAAUCCUAGAGGUCACCAAGAAUGAAAUCCUGCAGAGCGUUUUCUUUGUCUCUCCAGCCAGCAACGUGUGCUUCUUCGCCAAGUGUCCGUACAUGUGCAAGACCGAGUAUGCUGUCUGUGGCAACCCGCACCUGCUGGAGGGCUCCCUCUCCGCCUUCCUGCCAUCCCUCAACCUGGCCCCCAGGCUGUCUGUGCCCAACCCCUGGAUCCGCUCCUACUCACUGGCAGGAAAAGAGGAGUGGGAGGUCAAUCCCCUGUACUGCGACACAGUGAGACAGAUCUACCCGUACAACAGCAGCAACCGGCUCCUCAACGUCAUCGACAUGGCCAUCUUCGACUUCCUGAUAGGGAACAUGGACCGUCACCAUUACGAGAUGUUCACCAAGUUUGGGGAUGACGGGUUCCUUAUUCACCUUGACAAUGCCAGAGGGUUCGGACGACACUCCCAUGACGAAAUCUCCAUCCUCUCGCCUCUCUCCCAGUGCUGCAUGAUAAAAAGGAAAACACUUUUGCACCUAGAGCUGCUGGCGCAAGCCGACUAUAAACUCAGUGACGUGAUGCGGGAGUCGCUGCUAGAAGACCAGCUCGCCCCCGUCCUCACAGAACCCCACCUCCUUGCCCUGGAUCGGAGACUCCAAAUCAUCCUAAGGACGGUGGAGAGGUGCAUAGAAGUCUACGGAGAGCAGAGUGUCAUAGCCAUCGGCCCAGCAGAACAAUCUGUCCCCGACCCUGGCCAGGCUAACUUGACAAACUAAGGGCUAGAAGAGUCAAUUUUCAGAAAAUACACCUGGAGCCGGCGGCAGUAGCCUCCAGAGUGCAGACCACUGCUUCCUCACCUCCACCUAUUAAUGCUGGAGGUCGAGUCAUGAGCUCAGGAAGAAGGAAGGGCAUUUGUGAAACGGCAAGUGGGAUCCGCUGAACGUGAUCUUUACUCCUUGGUGCAUUGCUUCUGGCGUGAAUUGUCUUGGCUCUGUUUUUCCCUGAGAGCACUGGCUUCAUCAAGGCCACAGACUAUUUCCUGAGCGCACUGGGAAAUCUGGAUAUGGGUGAGGCCUGGAAGGUUUGGAAACGUUGUUCCCAGGAGAGAGUAUUAACUGUAACAAGUCAAAUAAAAGGACAUCAAGUGGA